AUGGCCAGAGACAGACUCGCAGCUUUGAGGGCGCAGCAGAGUGGGGGCAGCUACAACACCAGCAAUGACUCCUACCCCAUGCAAGCCACCACAACACCAUACCAAUCCGACCGACCAGCACCAUACUCGCAGGACAGCUUCGACUCGACGGCGAAGGAGAGCUCAGCGGCGCCCGCGGACAGCAUGUCCGCGUUCUACAGCGAGAUCUCCUCCAUCCAAGAUGACCUGAGGACGUUCAACGACAACGUAGCGCGCAUCGGCGAGCUGCACUCGCGCUCGCUGGACAAUACCGACGACGCGGCUGCGCAGCGGGUGGCGCAACAGCUGGACGAUCUCGUCGCGGACACAAGUGCACUGAGCAACAUGCUCAAGCGGAGAAUCAAGGCGCUGGAGCGGCAGCCAGGCGCAGGGCGUGACGGGCAGAUCCGCAAGCAGCAGACUGGCUUGGUGAAGCAGAAAUUCGUAGAGGCGAUCCAAAAUUACCAGGGUGUCGAGCAGCAAUACCGGGCCAAGUACAAGCAACGUCUUGAGCGCCAGUUCAAAAUUGUGAAACCCGAUGCUACACCUGAGGAGGUCAAGGCGGUUGUGAACGAUGACCAGAGCGGCCAGAUUUUCAGUCAGGCUUUGAUGAAUUCCAAUCGUUAUGGUGAGGCGCGGUCUGCAUACCGUGAAGUGCAAGAACGGCACGAAGACAUCAAACGUAUCGAGAAGACAAUUACAGAGCUGGCUCAACUCUUCAACGAUAUGAGCGUACUGGUCGAGCAACAGGACGAGCAGAUCAACGUGAUUGAGACAACAGCAGGAGCAGUAGAGAAGGAUACCGAAGUCGGUCUGCAAUAUACAGACAAGGCGGUUAGUUCCGCGCGCGCAGCACGCAAGAAGCGAUGGAUCUGCUUCAUCAUCGCACUCAUCGUCGUCAUCAUCAUCGUCGUCGUCGUCGCUGUCGUCGUCACCAACAACAACUCAAAGAAGUAG